CCAUUCAGAGCCAGAGUCGCGCAACGCAACACCAAACUGAUAGUCGGAAUAAUUUGGGGAAUAUCAGUGACAAUUCUAAUUCCGGUUAUAAUAUACACAAAAUUCGAUCCGAAACGACACGCCUGUAAAAUAGCCGUCCCUUAUAUGGCUAUAUAUGUCAUUGUAAUAACUUUUAUAGCAUUUGUAGUACCACUUGGGGUCAUGUCCUACUGUUAUUAUAAAACAGUGGUCGUACUAUGGUUUUCAGAUACAGACCGAACACUAAGUCAUGUACCAACAAACCGCACGGCUCUUCAAACACAUCGAAAAAAAGUUACAAAGUUUCUGGGUAUAGUGAUCGCUUCGUUUCUUGUAUGCUCCGUUCCGGUUGCUGUCGUGCUUGUUGCUAGGCGAUACAUGACUGUCCCGAAUGCGCUGUUUUUUUCCACAAUAUUGUUGGCAAUGUUCAGCUCAAGUGUCAAUCCAGUUAUAUUCAUGGUUCAGAACGGACAGUUUCGAAAUGGGUUAAAGAAUCUUGUGGUCAAAAGGAAUGUUGCGGUUAUACCUAAUCCCCGAAUUUUGGCCGGUAGAGCCGGCGAGA